ACGAUCGGGGGAGGGGUUCGACACCGAGGUGGAGGGAACGAACGCGAAGAAGCGCCGUGGUGGCGAUCGUGAGGAGUGGGGUCGAUAUAUAAAACAACGUUGUCGCGACAGCCGAAAACUCAUUUCGCUCGUAACAGUCGCUUGCUUCACGCGCGCCGGUGUCCGGGACCUAGGAUAUUCGAGAUUCCCUACCCCUCCCCCAGCCCGUGCAGGAUCCUUUGUGCGUUCGUGUGCUUCUUAGUUUAUGAUUGGUGGUGUGCGUGGAGUGAGUGUGACAUUAGUGGCCGGGCAGUAAUCCUACCUGCCCCCAGGGACUAUUAACUCUCACUUCCGGUGGAUAUCCAUCCAGCGGUGUUCCGUGUUGCAGUGCGAUUCCCGAGUGUUUGGUGGCAACCCGUUAGCCGUCCACCCCGCUUGUCGGUGCUGAAUCAGCAGCAUUUUUCCACCCUUCCCCAAAGCCAAUCGGCCCGCGUUGCGCUACGCUUGUGGUGUGGUAGGCACUUUAACGCUGCUGACGCUCCGAAACCCCAGGACUGGACUCGGGACUGGGCGAGCGAGCUGCUCGAGGUGGAAACAACAACAAAAAUUAGCCAUCGGUACAAAACCAUUACCGAAUCUGAAUCGGACGCAGUGCGCCAAGUGUCUGUAAGCAGUUUUCCAACCCGCCAGUGCACUUUUUCGCUCGACGCCCGUUGCGAGGGAGACUGUGGCGCUCUGUCCCGGAGCGGCAACAUUUAUUAGAAAGCUAACACUCAACCGGUGUAGGAACCCACCCGGACCUACCACGAUGGAGCUUAUCACAAACGUACACCAGGGCUGGCGGUAUCUGAUGGACGAACUGUCGGAUCCAAGGACGCGCGAUUGGCCCCUGAUGAGUUCACCCUUUCCCACGAUUGGAAUCAGUCUGUGUUACGCUUAUUUCGUUAAGGUUCUCGGCCCCAAGCUGAUGGAAAACAGGAAACCCUUCGAGCUGCGAAAGGUGCUGAUCGUGUACAACUUCUUGCAAGUGCUGUUCAGUACGUGGUUGUUUUACGAGGCAUGCGUUUCCGGAUGGUUGGCCGGGUACAGUCUGCGCUGCCAGCCGGUCGACUACUCCCGCUCACCGAUGGCCAUGAGGGUAAGUGAAGGUGCCACAGCUAGCUCUGGGGCUUUCUUCCUGCUUAUCGAACUUAAGUUAAUAUCCUCCCCCUCCCUCCGGGGGUUUCUUCCCUUCCAGAUGGCAUCCGGAUGCUGGUGGUACUACUUCUCCAAGUUUACCGAGUUCUUCGACACCAUUUUCUUUGUGAUGCGCAAACGGUACGAUCAGGUGUCGACCCUGCACGUCAUCCAUCACGGCAUCAUGCCCGCCUCGGUCUGGUGGGGAGUUAAGUUUACGCCAGGUGGUCACAGUUCUUUCUUCGGUCUGUUGAACACCCUCGUGCAUAUCGUAAUGUACACGUACUAUAUGCUGGCCGCGAUGGGACCGAAGGUACAGAAGUACCUCUGGUGGAAGAAAUAUCUCACCGUUUUCCAAAUGGUUCAGUUCAUCCUGGUGAUGGGCCAUGCCUUCCAGCUGCUGAUCUGGAACGAGUGCAACUAUCCGAUCGCGUUCGCUUACUUCAUCGGAGCUCACGCCGUCAUGUUCUACUUCCUGUUCUCGAACUUCUAUAAACAGGCGUACACCGUGCGAAAACAGGCAAAGAAGGAAAAGGCUGAUCAGAUGGCACUCACCAACGGCAACCUGGAGUCGGUGCCGAACAAGAACAUCGGUGCCAACGGACAUGCGGCCGCACCGCACAGCAACGGCAAGCCGGACUUUUAUCAAACCAUCGACAAAACGAUGGAGGACAGCUACUCGACCACGCGGCACCGUGCGUUUGUCGGGUUCGGUAGUAAUUAGAUGCUCACGACGGGAACGGUGCUAAAACCGGUGCCUUUUACUGUGAUCGGUUCUGAGCUCUCCCUAAUGGGCCCGGUUUGCUCUGCAGUGGAUGAACGCGGACCAGGAGCCAUUCGCUGCCCAUCGCCAUCAAAGCCCAUCAAGGGCACAUCCCGGGAGCUCAUCGCUGAUUACUUCCUGGACGCUGCCAGUGAAUGCCUAUUUGAAAGACAAAAACAAAAACAAAAAAAAACAAAGCAAAACAUGAAGCACAUUUGAAGCAAUUUGAAGCGUGCGCCUUUUUUUCGGCGGCCGUUUCAUCCUUGCUGUACAGCAUUAGCCAGACAGAUUGUACUUGCUUUAAGUUUCUCGUAUUCCUUAAGGCGAAUCAUUGCACAUCUACGUUUACGCGUCAACCAGUGGUUUGAUUGCAAUCGCGCCCCUAAAACGGUUGACCGCUCACAGCGUGGUACAGCAGCAGAAGCAUAGCGUAGUACUUUAGCAGAACGUUCGAUAGGAGAUAAGCUCACAACGUUAGCGUUAACAUAGGUCUUGUAAGUCAGUAGAACCGUACAUCCAGCUGGUGCGUGAUUGUGCAUCGUUACGGUGGAUGUUCAAAGAUUUCUUGUACUGUAUUAUAAGGACACAUCUAUUGAAUGCUCAUUCACUCAUGCGCACACGAUGCGAUCAGGCUCACCGCAGGGCACAGGGCGUUUUGUAUUCGUUUUUUGUUCAUAGUCAGCUGUAAAUUAUUAAGCACUGAACGAUUGCCACCACACACGAUCGUACGUAAAUGAAUUUGAUGCCACUCGAACGCUGGAAAUGAGACACGGGCACGGUGCCAAUCUCAACGAUAGUAUCGAUAGUAGCCGCACAUGAAUCAUUUCUUUCAUUAGUCUAUAACGAAUCGUUAAGCAAUCAGCGAUAGUUCAAGAGCAGUGCAAUUAGUUUUGCUCGUACAAAACUGGUAUUGGUGAACAAUGUAUGCAGAAAAAAAACUGGUACUGUACAAUUAUAAUAAAAAAAAACCAUAUGCUUAUAAUAAUUUCGA